AUGGCCCGCAAGAGCAUCAUCACCGCGCUGGCUGGCGCCUCCCUCGUCGCCGCCCACGGCCACGUCUCCAAGGUCAUCGUCAACGGCGUCGAGUACCAAAACUACGACCCCGCCGUCUUCCCCUACCUCUCCAACCCUCCCACCGUGAUCGGCUGGACGGCCGACCAAAAGGACAACGGCUUCGUCUCCCCCGACGCCUUCGGCACCCCGGACAUCAUCUGCCACCGCUCCGCCACGCCCGCCGGCGGCCACGCCACCGUCAAGGCCGGCGACAAGAUCUCUCUCAAGUGGGACCCCGUCUGGCCCGACUCGCACAAGGGUCCCGUGAUUGACUACCUGGCCGCCUGCAACGGCGACUGCGAGACCGUCGACAAGACUUCCCUGCGCUUCUUCAAGAUCGACGGCGCAGGCUACAACAACGGCGUUUGGGCCGCCGACGCCCUAGUCAACAACGGCAACUCGUGGCUCGUCCAGAUCCCCGCCGACCUCAAGCCCGGUAACUACGUCCUCCGCCACGAAAUCAUCGCACUCCACGGCGCUGGCUCCGCCAACGGCGCCCAGGCUUAUCCCCAGUGCUUCAACCUCAAGGUUGAAGGCUCCGGCAAUAACCUCCCUUCGGGAGUCCCGCUUUACAAGGCUACCGACGCCGGUAUCCUGUUCAAUAUGUACCAGAACGACUUCACUUACCCCGUCCCUGGCCCCGCGCUGAUUGCCGGCGCCGUGAGCUCCAUCCCGCAGAGCAGCUCCGCGGCUACGGCUACCGCGAGCGCGACGGUGCCUGGUGGUGGUGGAUCGGGUGGUAGCCCUGUUACUACUACUGCUGCGGGAGCUACUACGACUAAGGCGACGACUACGCUGGUUACUAGCACCAAGGCUACUACGUCAGAUGCGCAGGUGACUACUACUGCUCCUCCGGCGACUGGUGGUGGUGGUGGUGCGGCGCAGAAGUAUGGACAGUGUGGAGGGAAUGGCUGGACGGGUCCUACUACUUGUGUUAGUGGAAGUGUUUGCACUAAGGUUAAUGAUUGGUAUAGCCAGUGCCUCUAA